AUCGGAAACACGCCGGCAGUGUUCUUGACUCAGGACAUACCUCGCGAACUGAAGGCCAAUGUUUUAUCGUUGGGAUGUGGAGAUGCCCGCAGCAUUCUCUACACAGCGCACGUCGCUGAAGCACGUAACAUCAUUCUGUUCACCCUCAUUCUUGACGACAAUGGAACUCGAACCAAGGACAUCUGGGACAUCUACUACCACCUGGUUCUUGGUCCCAAAGCUCUGGCCUUGCUCGAAAGUCAGGCGCAGAAACUCCUCGCUGUUUCAGAUACAAUGGAGAGUUGGCAUGCCAGCAAAUACGGCAAGCUCCUACGCAUUUGCGACAGUAGCAGCUUUUCCGAAGUAAAGAAGGUCUGGGGCACGUUCUUGACCAGCGCUCUCGAUGAGGCCCAGAAGUCAGCCCGCCUCGACCGCCUCCGAUCCAGUCUUCAGAAUGCAAAGGAUCUCCGGCGCCAUUACGUCGGGGAAAGUCUAGUCCUUACAGGCACGCGAUCUGCUGCUCCCCUAAAUCUUGCGGCCUUCGCGGACCUUGUAGAACAACACAAUCUCUUUUGGGAUACUGGCACCACAGACAAAUCCGGCGGAAACGACAGAAACACACCAAACCCCAUGUUCACCUCUCAACUAAACGAUGCUUCCACGCUUCACUAUGGUACUGAUCCGCUUCUUGGUUUCCACUUGGCUACAGCAUAUGCGCCGCUGGAUCCAAAUACUCCUCCAGAUUCACACGAAAUCCUUCAAUCCUCAGCGAACAGGCUAGUAAGAGCGGCUCGGAAGCAUUUUCAAACAUGGUGUAAGUCUUUUAGAGAACAUGCUGGCAUGUUGGUCCUACGAUUCUUCGUAGGAGAAGCGUUGGCGUUGUGCCACGCCUUGCAGCAGAGGAAGACGAGAAAUUCAGCUGGACCAUAUCGGAAGCCGGGAUCAUUCCAGCCUAUUUCGCUUGACGGCCAGGAUUAUCAAUCUGCUCCCACUGCGCCUUUAUCUUUCGGUGUUAUUGACACGUCAAAUCUUGCCGACCACGUCGGAGCCAUGAACCUCAUCAUUGCUACUUCGCCGUUACUGGACAAUACUCUCUUCGCAACUUUAUACACUGAAUCCUUGGUGAGGCAAGAGAACAACCACAAAGCAUUAGCGGAAAACUUCCUCUGCGGACACGUCUUGACGAUGUCAGUUCUCCUUAGCAUGUUUCCCACCGAGUAUUGGACGAAUGCUGUCCCAGCAUCGACGGCAGACGAAACAUUGCUAAAUACCACAACGCGCAUGGCUGGAGGAGAAGACUCGGGUUGUCAGAUGUACAGUAGGCUUACGUGGAAGCGCUACAUACCAGACAGCACGCUUGGGAUAUCGAACAGACCAGCCGUCGCAUUUGAGGACGGUGCCCUGGCCAAAAUUCUCUUCGAUGUCUAUCUCAACAUGUUUCAAAACGAAGACAUCGGACGCCUCUCGUCACGCAUGGGUGAGCAGUCCCAGGAUAUGCAAUUAGCCUCUCGCUAUCAUCGUGGAAGCUUCGCGCUGCUUCUGCGGUUUGUCAAAAACCGGCUACCGACUAGCAACUGGGACAAGGUCAUGGACAGUCUUUUUGACUACAUCGCAAACGACGGAAGCAUUCCCACCAGCAACAACCACAUCCAAGAGCUUUUCGUCCAGCUACAUAUGCUAAAUACAUACACUGUUCAAGUUCUACAACCGCCCCCGGAUACCAACAGAUACACUCAUCGUCCAACCCAGCUCGAGGGUUGGAAGCACUUACCCAAAGUUGUCUGCCUGACUUUGAAAGUUCCGAGGGACCGAUUGCGAUUGCUAACCAACUUACCACCACAAGAGCUGGGUACUCCAGCUGUGCAAUGUACUCUCCAGUCUUCAAAAACUUAUAGAGGCCGGCCUUUUCAGAACAUCUUCUCCACUCUCCACUUGGCUUCUGGAACGGUGAUAAUCUCUGGCACAGCCGAAAGCAACUCAAUAGCUCUCGAAAUCAAGGAAGACGAGAGUUGUUGGUCGGGUAGAUCGCCCUUGUUGGUGUCUUUUUUUGUUCCUACCUGGCUCCUCUUACUCGACCCAGAGAACGCUAUGCUGGCUUUUGGCAUCCAAAGCACACCUCACCACACAGCCGCACUCUCACCUAUCCUUGGCUUUGAUUUGAAUGUGUUCACAACAACCAUCGGGAACAGUGACAACGUCUUUGUCACCAAAGGGCUUCCGUAUGGGGCUAAUACCUUGCCGCUCAACACAGUCGCUGAUACUUCCAUUUGCCACGAAAUGUCUCCGCAAGGCGACUUCCGUUCGUCGGUCCUAGCAAACCUAAUGGUUGAAUCGGCGAAGAUUAAGUCCUUUACCGGUCAUAUCGAGCUCUUAUCGGAAAAGGCCAAGUCUAUCCUCAGGAACGGUGCUGAAGUGCGAACGAUCCAGGAAUCUCCUUGUAGCCUCUCUAUUCUAAUCGGCAAAGGACACAAGUACUACGUAAAAUUUCCUAUCCGGGUAUUGCUUCGAUUCACGAAAACGAAGAUUGCUCGGACAUCGUCCUACAUCAAAGUAAUCGCACCUAUAGAAGACCCAGUUGACUCCUAUGGAGAUACGGGGCUCAUGUACCCAGUGCUCUCUUGGAAGCCUUUCCCGGUUCUAUGGAACAUGUCUCGUGUGAAUUUGGCAGCCCUGCCGGUUCUUGAUGUUACGCAAAAAGACCGCAUGCAAUGGCUCAUCACACACUGUUCGCUUAUGUUCUCGCAAAGGGAGAACCGUGCGAGAGAAUCAUCACUUGCAUCUAUGCAAGACGGCUUGAUGGACACCAGGGCCCGCUUCAAGGACGGGUUGUUCUCGAUAUUCAUGCACCAGUCCGGCUUACAGGGUGAGAAAGCCGUUGUCUUUGGGCUUAACAAUCGAUCCAAUGGUGGCAUCCAGGUCUUGAUUUUCGCACCAAUCCUUCGGCUAGACGGCGCAAACCGCACUGUAUCUCUCGAUGCAGCAGUUAUCGUGCUAACCGACGCGAUUACAAUGCGGAUGCGGACAUUCAUGCAGCCGUUGCAAUCGCAGGUCUGUUCAAUUCUCGUUGAUGACGAAGAGAUGCAACUCUGGAAAGAAACCAUCCCGGCUUUCGUCGAACGGAGUAGGCAGUGGAGUCAUCAACCCACCUGCGAGUACAUGCGGGAAGCAAAAAUCCCGCUAUCCACGAAAAACGGUGAAAAACUUCUCUGUUCUUGCGGAAAUGGCAAGAUGCUCGAUGAUGUGAUCGCGAAGUUCCCUUAUUUAAAAAAGGUGUCUAGGUUCGCUGUAAGGGCAGCCAUCUCACCAGUCUUCGUGUCCCCGUUCGUGGAGCAGCUGUACCAGGGAAGAGCUCCUCCGCCGGACCAGGUGGUGCAGAUGCAAAAGGGCGACCAGGUCUGCUGGAAUUGUGGUGUCAGUAAGGGAACUGGCGGAAAGGAACUACAGCGGUGCUCGAGGUGUCAGAAGGCGAGGUAUUGCUCGGUGGAGUGCCAGCGGGUGGAUUGGAAGGCGCAUAAGGCGUCAUGCAAAGCUUAA